AUGGUGGGAUGUAGAUAUGAAAAAUGUUUCGUCUCUGUUUUGCAAAAGUUUUUAAAGAAACAUGAGGAAGAAGAGUGUGAACACAGAGAGAAGUUGUGUUCCAAGGUUUGUGGCCUGAUGAUCCCUGUUCGCAUCUAUGAUGGACAUGACUGUGUGGAGGAACUGAGGAAGUACUCUCAAGAACAAUAUGCCCUGGUCGACACUUUUAAGAAAAAGGUGACAGAGCUCAAUACACUGACAGAAAAAUUGAACCAGCAGAUUGAAACAUUACGCCAAGAAAUAUAUUCUAACCGAGAGAGAAGUCUAUCAUUUGACUUACUCAUUUCCAGUGACUCUGAUCUUUCGAUUAAUUCUCUGGAUGACUACAGUGAUUACAGGUCCUCGGAUCAGGAUGACCAACAACAUGGAAUGACGUUUGAAGAAUUCGAUCGUCAGGACAGAAAUUUUUGGAGAAGCCUGCGAGACUCUAGGGACAGGAGAAGAAGGCGAACUAGAUAUCAAAGAGAUUUCAGUUCUCAUAGAGAGGGUAGAGACGAACAUUCAGGGGAAAUUGAUGUUGUCAACACCCCGCCAAGAUCUCCGUCCUCGUUUCAUGACCGUGAUGAGACUGACGUGGAAGUUGAUGUUGUCAACGAAUCGGAUGUGGACAGAAAUGAUCUAGAACACCGCUCUUUAUUUCGGUCGCCAAGACGAUCUCGAUAUGACAGACAGUGGGAUGACAGCUCUUCUAACAGGUCAUACAUUUUUGGAUCUUCUCGGGCAAGACACACUGCUUCAUAUCGCAUGUCCCCUAGAUCUUCACCAGACAGAAGCAUGUCCCCUAGAUCUUCACCAGACAGAAGGAGGCAUUCAUCAGGAGGUUACAGCUCAGACAGAACACUCAGACGCCAUAGCUGGAGUCCUACUAAUAGUGACAGAUCGCAGAACAGAAGUUCAUCCAGUCGAUCCUUUCGAUCAUCCAGAAGUCACAGUUAUUCAACUGUUGGAUCGAGGACGCCUCACCGAAGGCGAAGAUUCCUUUCAUCCUCAAGAUCUCGCUCGAGAUCUUCACAUUCUAGAUCACUGUCCUCAAGAUAUUUCCAUUCUAGAAGCCGCAGUCACUCAGUAGAUAGUAAUAGAAGUGAUUUCCUGUCUUACCACAGUUCUGCCAGAAGUAGGACCGACACAGACUCGGACGCAGAUAGCCACGUCUCAGUUACAAGCUCGAGAUACUCCCAUCUUCAAAACUACAGGAAUGAUGAUGAAAGAAGAGACAGCAAUCAAAGGCGUAGAGAAGCGCAUGACCUAUCAGAUAGAAGUGAAGAAAGAUACAGUAGUGAUGAUGCUAGACACAAUACAAGGGAAUGGCUACCAGGCAGAAGAAAUGCUAGGAGAAGGGAAGAUCAUGGCACAACUUCCUCCCCCAGAAGGCCCACUAGGGAACAGAAGGAUAACGGCCCAAGUCAAUCUCCCAGAAGAACCACAAGGGAGCAUGCAGACAAUGGCACAAGUCAGUCUCCUAGAAGGACACGAUCAAGAUCAACACCUGAUAACAGGGAAACAGAUUACUCUGAUAUCAGGCAUACUGUUAGUAACUCUGGUGAAUCUAUCAGGGAAAACAGACAGGGUGAGGGGAGCUCAAAUAAUACUGAAGUGGAAACCAAAUCUCCCAAUAAACGAAAGAGAAAAGAUUCUGAAGGCGAGACAUGUGAAACUAAAGACUCAAAACGAAUAAAGAGAGAUUCAACAAAAUCUCAUAGUUCUGCAUGCUCAUCAACAGCUUCCUCCACACACCAAAAUAAAGGGGAAGUUAACACUUUGGAGCAGCGGCCUAAAAGUCAAAGGUUAAGGCGCAGCACAGUUACAUCGCAGAGAGACUGUCCGUUGCAGGACAAUAGAAUUGAGAAUUCAGCGUUGGACACAGAGGACUACAAUUCUGACAGUGACAACACCUGGGAGCCAGGAACAUCGCCGGAGGAUAGCGACGUGACAUCCUUGUCAGUGUAUGACAGUGUAAGUGACAUGACAUCACCGUCAGUUUAUGACAGUGGCAGUGACUACGAGGUCCUUAUCCCUAAAUCAGCAGGCCAGCUCUUGACAGAGUAUGCCUCUGAUGACUCAGAUGACAGCUGGCAUCCAGAACCAUCAUAA